CUACAAAAUACUCCAUAUGAGCUGCAUGUUUACGUUUUCAGUACCCCGUCGCGGUUUCUUGGAGUACAGCUGCAGCGCGAUGGCCUUCCCGAAUAUUUACCGGUUAUGUUUAGAUUUGUUUAGGCCGACAACGCCAGCACGCGCACUGCGAUGUUUGUCGCUAGCCGCGCGCAGAGUCGCCGACGGGAGCACGGGUCCGCCGUGGCGCGCGCCGUGUUUUCGCCGGACCGGGAGUCUCUGCAGCGCGCGACCUGUGCGCCGGGCAUUCGCAACGUCUGCGCGCGCUGGCGAUGACGCGCUUGGCCAAGUCCAGUCCAGCCAUUAUCACCUGGUGUACACCUGCAAGGUGUGCAGUACUCGCUCGAUGAAGAGGAUCUCCAAAAUAGCCUAUCACAAAGGAGUAGUGGUAGUAACCUGCCCGGGCUGUCGAAAUCAUCACGUAAUUGCAGAUAACCUGGGCUGGUUUUCCGAUCUGGAGGGAAAGAGAAACAUAGAGGAAAUCCUAGCAGCCAAGGGGGAGACCGUGAAGAGAAUCAAGGACGAUGCUGCCAUAGAGAUUGUUGCUGAAGAGACAAUUAAAGCAGGGUUGCAGAACAGAGAGGAUGUACCGCUAGUUGCGCCUCAGUCAGACCGCUCUGAAAAAACGUGACCGCUUGCAUGGCAUUCUGAAAUAUCCCUUUUCUUUGUCUGAAUGGAUACUGUAAUGUCUUUCAUUGUUUGGGAACAAUUUGCCUGUGAAUUGUAUUAAAUACAUUUCAGAUUACAAUAGUUUUUUUUAAAAGUCAA